GUCCGUGCGGGAAGUGGAGUCUCGGGAAUUCGGGGUCCGGGCGUGAUGACGCGGGUACGCGGGAAUACGUGAGGACGCAGGCGGGUCUUAGAGAGAGUGCUGUUCUCUGUGUCCCUUCCUGGGUUCCUAAUCCUCAGUCACAGCUCCCCAUCUGUGCUCCUGGUACCCAGUCAUGCAGCGGAGAUCAAGAGGGAUCAACGUUGGGCUCCUCAUGCUCCUUUCCCAAGUGUUCCAUGUUGGGAUCAACAACAUUCCACCUGUUACCCUGGCAACGUUGGCUCUCAAUGUCUGGCUCUUCCUGAAUCCUUUGAAGCCCCUGUACCACUCUUGCCUCAGCGUGGAAAAGUGUUACCAGCAAAAAGACUGGCAGCGUUUACUGCUUUCCCCCUUGCACCAUGUAGAUGACUGGCAUUUGUAUUUCAACAUGGUGUCCAUGCUCUGGAAAGGGAUAAAGCUGGAGAGAAGACUGGGAAGCAGGUGGUUUGCCUACGUCAUCACCACCUUCUCCCUACUCACCGGGGUGGUGUAUUUGCUCCUGCAGUUUGCUCUUGCUGAAUUCAUGAAUCAGCCCGACUUCAGAAAGAGCUGUGCUGUCGGUUUCUCAGGAGUUCUGUUUGCCUUGAAAGUUCUUAGCAACCAUUACUGCCCUGGCGGCUUUGUCAACAUUUUGGGCUUUCCUGUCCCCAACAGAUUCGCUUGUUGGGCAGAGCUGCUGGCCAUUCACUUCUGCUCCCCAGGGACUUCCUUCGCCGGGCAUCUGGCCGGCAUCCUUGUUGGACUGAUGUACACUCAGGGGCCUCUGAAGAAAGUCAUGGAGACAUGUGCAGGCCCUUUUUCCUCCAAUGUUGGGUAUCUAGGACAGCAGUACUACUUUAAUAGUGCAGGCCCCUCUGGAUAUCAGAAUCACUACCCAGAUGGCAGACCGGGAACCUAUGAAGAAACUCAUAGGAACUAUGAUGUCUAUACAGCAGGAUUGAGUGAGGAGGAGCAGCUGGAAAGAGCAUUAAGAGCCAGCCUCUGGGACCGAGGAAAUACCAGAAAUGGCCCAACACCCUAUGGGUUCCGACUCACGCCAGAAGAAGAAAUGAGGAGACAGCGCCUUCACAGAUUUGAUGGCCAGUGACGUGGCACCACGCCUGGGAAGACAUGGUCCAGCUGUGGGACCGUAGCCCAUUCAGUUUGCUCCCCAAGCCCCUAAUUGGCUUUAAACAAAGGCAGAGCUUACCAUUAUUGUUGCAGAUCACUCGUGUCUGCCAUGAACUGCCACUCCAUGGCCCUUCUAUGUCCAGAUUCCCAAGCCCAGCUGACACAUCUGGAAACCAGGCUUGUCCCAGGAAGUGCACAGCUUUCCCUGAGCGGCCCGUCUAGUUCUAUGCUCUCUCCUAAACCAAAGGUCACCUCUUCAGUUGGGACCAGUUUUCACACUCCCUUCCUUCCCAUCUGACUCAGUGGCACAUCUUCAUUGGGGUUGAAGACCUUCAUAGGAAAUAUGUUUUCACCAGGUGAGAGGAUCAGCUCUCAUUCUGCCUGGUACGCUGGGUGCUCGGCUUGGCAGGAGGUACACUGCCACUCUUGGUCCUCCUGGCAUGUUUCCACAGUGACGUGGGAAGACGAUGUGGCAGCCUUCCCAGGAUAUUCCAUCCUCUUUCAUGCAGGCCCCUCGGGGUGCUUUGUCUGCAUGUAGAGUAUCUGACUGGAGGGGAACAGGAAAGACACCUCCUCACUCGUCAGAUAUCCUGUGGCACCAGCAGUUUGGGUUCACAGCUACCCCUCCAGGAGCAGGAGACUUGUUAACUCCUUUGCAGAGCAGCAGCAAGUGCCACAUACAGAGCAAAGUGGAGAUAUCCAGUGGAUCUCUCACUGGGAAUCCCAUUUGCAGGAAGUAUUUUUUUCUUCAUACAAGUGCCUUUUCAUUGGCUACUGUGGCUGCUGUCUGUCAUAAACAAGUAUCCAAAAAAUGCCCCCAGAGAACUGUAGUGUUUAAUACACAGAUUGUCCAAGUCACUUAAGGGAUUUCUAUUGCUUGUAUUCUGAGAAUAAAAGGACAAAGCCAGAAUAUCGAUCGCUACUGCCUCACUGUCGUGGAGCGUUUAGUUAGGAGGGAGUUAGGAGCAGCAAAUGAUGCUCCCAUUUUAACUCACCAUUCAUGUAGAGUUUUCUAUUAUAAAAAUUGUAGACAAGCUUUCUUAAUGCACAAUGCGGACAUCUACAAAAGCAUACUAACUGUUAAUACAGAUUGGCUUUGGAGGGGGACUGUGUGGGACCUGACUUUCUUUGUUUACAGUUUUAUAUUCUAUUUUUAAAUGUGUGUGUGUAUGUGCUUUCAGAAGACUAAUUAUAUAAUAAAUCAAGAAACAUGUAACCAAUAAAACAGACUCUAAGAUAAGUACUAUAUGUCCUUUAAGAAAAUUCAUAGGCCAGGCAUGGUGACACACAUCUUCAAUCUUAGCACUCAGGAGCCAGGGGCGGGAGGAUCUCUGAGUUCAAAGCCAGGCUGGUCUACAUAUGAAGUUCUCAGCCAGCCAGAAUACACACACACACACACACACACACACACACACACACACACACACACACACACACACACACAGAGAGAGGGGGGUGGGAGAGCAAGGCCCUGUCUUGGAGAAAGAAGGAAGAAUGGAGGGGGGAGGGAAGGAGAGAGGAGAUGAUGAAGGAAGGAAGGAAAGAAAUUCACAGCAUAUAAAUAAAACGACAAACAACUGCUCGGCACUGAAAGGAGUUGGUGCCCAGGAUUGACAUUUUGAGGCUAUUAACGUCUCAGUUUUCCAUUGUAUGCAUUUGACACAUCUGGAGCAUGCCAACUGUGCAGCUCCAUGUCUAGUUGCUAAUAUGAAUCCACCUGGAAUGUCUUUGACACUUGCAUAUAAAUGGGCUAAGCAAAUCCGUGAAGUCUGAGAGCAUUUGGACAGGCUCUCCAGACAGUGGUGCCUGAGCACCUUGGUUUACUUUGUAACUGGUGUAAAGCCACAGCUAGCUGUUGUUACGAAUUAUGCCCAUGAGCCUGGCACCUUAACACACACUUAAAUUAGAAUGGUCGGGACUGGAGAGAUGGUUCAGCAGUUAAGAGCACUGGCUGCUCUUCCAGAGGACCCGGGUCCAAUUCCCAGCGCCCACAUGGCAGCUCACAACUGUCUGUAACUCCAGUUCCAGGGGAUCUGACACCUUCACAACAAUGCACAUAAAAUAAAUUUAAAUAAAUUAUUUAAAAAUAAAUAAAUAAAUGGUCAAGCUUGA